UUUUUUGAAAAUCAAAUAACUUUAUUAAUCACUAUUGUUCAAAACAUGAAUAAUACAAUCAGGAGGAGAAUCCAACCAAGUACCGCCAGACCCAGAACAAACCUCUCUAGCUAGAAUAUGAGCCGCCUGAUUCGCUGUACGGUGCACAUAUUGGACACUUAUAUUGGUAAAAUCAACCAUCACAUGUCUAAUAUUUCUAAAGAUGAUAUCAUUGUUGUGUAAACCGUCUUCCUGAGCAAGUCCCUGCAAAAUCUGUUUAGCAUCUGAUUCCACGACAGCCCGUUGCCAUCCUUGCUCUAACGCCCACUUGACCGCUUCCUCAAUAGCCAUUGCUUCCGUCGUGCCUGAUGCAUAUCUACCCUUCCGUCAAAUGUUUUUUCCUACAAGAAAAAACCCCAGACUAUCUCAUACCACCAGCCCCAACCCUCUUAUAUCACCUAUAUUUGAGGUAGCGACAUCCACAUUUAUUUUCACCCACCCCUCUUCCGGUGGUUUCCACAUUUCGCUAUGCCUUGCCGAAGUCAGCUCCUGGGGGGCGGAAAUUUGUGCAGCUUUCCAUCCGUCUAGCACGGUUUCGCCACAAGCAAUGACACCUUACAUGUUUGGAUUUAAAAUUUUCCAAACUUUUUCAUUCCGCGCCUUCCAUAAGCUCCAACACAGAUCAUGACAAACUUCCCGAACUCAGCCUUCGUGCUACUGGUUGCCACCGAAGAUGCCCACACCCCAAAGUCGUGGCCUGGAAUCUACAAAAAGCUGCUGCCCCUGUUGUGCCAUACCGACCGAGCAAAGGUGCAGUCUUGAAGGACAUGAAGGGAGCUUUCCUCUUUAUGCCCACAUAUCAAGCAUUUUGGCCAUAACGGAACUCUACGUUGAAUCAACCGUUGUUUACUCGGUAAACAAUCCACACAAGCUUGCCAAAAGAAAUUUUUUACCUUCGGAGGUAUAUCAAGCUUCCAUAUCUUCGUCCAGCCAACAUCUGGCAACGUACUAUGGGUGAUUCGCUUAUAACAAGUGCGGACUGAGUAGACACCCUUGUCGUCAUCCGCCCAAAUGAGUUCGUCCUCUCCUUGUUCUGGCCUCAAUGGAAUGCUUGCUAUGAGGUUUCUUUCUUCCGGUUGAAAAGGAUCAUCUAAUAAGUCGUAGUCCCAACCUAUUCCAUCAUUUAACACGAGGGACUUCACGAAGAUGUCCUCCAGCCCCUCAAUCUCGUUUCAAGCCGGCCUGCAAUCUUUAGAAUAAAAAAGCCAGUUAUCCUUCCAAACUUUUACCGAAUUUGUUAUACAGUACUUGGUACUAAGGAUUUUUUCUUUUGGACUGUUUUCAGUCACAGACCAGACCAGAUCAGACCAGACUUGACUUCCGUAGUUAUAAAAUACACAGAGACCAGACGUUUACCAGACCAGACCAGACCAGAUCAGACCAGACCAGCAAAUUUCAGUCCAAAAGAAAACGUCCUAAACAAAAUUAAAUGAGAAAAGGUGCAAAUAGGCCCAUGAGAAGAUAACUGCGCAGUUAUCUUCAAAAAUUCAUUUGAAUGCCUUCCCGAUUGACGUUUUAGCUGAAAUUUGGUAUGCGUAAACUAGACUUGCUGAGUAAGAUGCUCAAAAAAUUUCAUAAAAAAAUUCCACCGGGAACCACCCCAAAUGACGACGGCCGUACAAAGCCUGUUAAAUAAGGGCUUAUUUGACUUUUUUUUGGUCAGUUUUUAUAGAAUCUUUAUUACAACCAUUCCCAUUUAAGAUCUUUUUAUUCAAAUAUUCAAAAGUUUUCCUCGUUUGCUGACACUACGGCACUAGUGCGCGACUGGAGGACUGAGCCUUUCACAUCGCAGCUGGGACAAACCACAAAACCCUUAAAAGAAAGUCUUAAACCUCGAGCGCUGAACCUCCAGUAAUGCUGUAACUCUCUCUACGAAUGGCUGUUUCCAGCAAUUGUGUAAAGCACAUUGAAUCAUUCGUCAGCUCUUCUAGCUCUCCUGCCCAACAGGUUCAUGCCCAAUCUUCAUGGUUUUCUUUUCUGCCUCUCUGUUUAAUUUGGCUGAGCAACUCAGGAAUCUCCACCUGGCUAUAUACGCUGGUUGAGUUCACUACUAUGCGUAUAUUUUCUAUGAAUUUGUUUGAACAAUUAUCUUUGGUUGUAAUUCAGUACAGACGGCCUUGUAUGCGUAGUUAAUGUGCUCUGUUAAUGUGUUUGGGUUACAGGCUGCAAGUGUAGAAAAUAUAGCUUCGCUUGUGAAAAAUGACCAGUUAACAUUAGACGGACUGGUUAGGGAGAUGGAUAUGUAUUUGACGACUACAGAUACCAUCAUUCGCUCAAGAGGGAUCCUUCUCCUUGGGCAUGUAUUGGAGGAAUUAUCACUGAAACCUUUAAAAGGUGCUGCUAUACAGAGUUUGACAGGAUUCUUCAUAGAGAGAUUGGUUGAUUGGAAAGCUUUGCAUGGCGCUCUAGUUGGUUGCUUGGCACUAUUGAGAAGGAAACACAUUGUUGGCAAGGUCACAGACAGCCAAGCAAAGGCUGUUGCACAAUCUUUUUUGGAGACUAUGCAAGUGCAAUCUUUGGGACGACAUGAAAGAAAGCUUUGCUUUCAAAUUUUGGAAUGCUUAUUAAACAGCUUUCCAGAUGCAGUCGAACCAAUGGGUGAUGUCCUUGUUUAUGGAAUCUGUGAAUCGAUUGAUGGUGAAAAAGAUCCACAAUGCUUGAUGCUCAUAUUUAGGAUUGUUGAAGCUCUAGCGCGGGUGUUUCCUCAUUCUUGUGGUUCACUAGCAAGUUAUGCCGAAGAUCUUUUUGAGAUUCUUGGGUGUUACUUCCCUAUCCAUUAUACACAUUCAAAAAGCCAGGAUGUUGAUAUAAAGAGGGAGGAGCUCUCACAGGCACUGAUGCUGGCAUUUGCGUCUACACCUUGUUUUGAACCAUAUGUAAUUCCAUUACUUCUUGAGAAACUAUCUUCUGAUUUGCCGUCAACAAAGGUUGAAUCUCUCAAGUUCCUUAGCUACUGCACAUUGAAAUAUGGGGCGGAUAGAAUGCAAAAGCAUUAUGCAGCUCUUUGGUCGGCACUGAAAGAUACAAUAUUUGUCAAACCACAAUCUGCAGUGUUAAUAGAAUCUGGAUUAGUUGAUGGUAUAUAUUUUCAAGAGAGUGAAAUAAUGAUUCAAGCUGUAGAGCUGCUUCAGACAAUUGUUCAGCAAAGUAAUGGUUCUUUCGUAAGUACUAUUCUGGAUGAUGAAGACAUAAAGACAUUUAUAAACUCAUUGAAUGAGUUGAAAGAUCUUGGUAAUGCUUCUCUACAAAACAAACAGAGAUUGCAUGCAGUUGCUUGUAUUCUCUCAACUCCUGCCAGAUCUUGUGUAGCUUCUUGUGAUGCAGUUUUCAAAAGCGUAUUCACUCUCUUAAUGGAUGCAUUAAAAAUUUCUGAUGAUACUGUGUCUAAAGAUAUCAUUCUUACUUGUACAACAUUCAAUUUUGGAGCCUUGUAUCUCUCUGUUGAACUACUGUCAGCAUGCAGACAUUUGGUGUUGUUGAGCUAUGAUGGUAUAGUGCCUUCUCCUGAUUUUCCCAGUAUGCCUUGGUGCGGCAUACUACGUGGCUUCUCUACUUCAUUAAGCGUUUUCUUAAUUUCUCUCCUACACGCACCUGGUGCUGAAAGCUUGCCGAAUGUGUAUAUUUACUAUGCAGUUAAUGGUUUGAAGACUCUUGCUAUGUUUCCGGGAAGCUUCAGUUCAGUGCCAAUGCCUAUUUUUGAGAAUGUUUUGUUAACUUUGAUAUCAGUAAUCACUACUGAUUUUGACAAAACAUUUUUAUCGAGAACUGCAUUGAAAGCUUUAGUAGAUAUUGGUUUGUAUAUUGAUAAGUUCUGUGAAGUUGAGAAAGUUUCAAGCUUUGAAAGUAUUGUCAUGGAAAAACUUGCUUUCCUGAUAUCUUCGGAUGACCAUACCGUGCCUCUGUCUUUCAAACUCCAAGCAAGUUUUGAUAUUGGAGUUACUGGGCUGAAGUAUAUGAAGAAAGUAGUUCAGGAAUUGGACAAGACACUAUCUGACAAAUUGUCUCAUGUAUUUGUCAGUGAGAAUGUGAAGUUGAUCCGGAUGACAAUCUCACUAUUGGACUGCUAUGCUGGGAAGGUCCUUUCAUGGUUUCAUAACAAUGGAGGUUCUGAUGAAGUCCCUUUGAAUCUUGCAUUUGUUAUAUUGGAAAAUAUUGAAACAAGUUUGCGUUCCAGCAUUGGUUUUCAGGAAACUGAACUUCUUGACGCGAUAACGAGAGCGCUGAAACAUGCCGUAGCCAACUGUUCAGAGAGAAACCAGGAGAAAAUUAUUAUAAGAGCUUUUGACUUGAUUUCUUCAGAUUCAUUUGAGGAUUCAAAACCUUGUAUUACAUUAUUCAACUCCAGUGACGGACAACUUACUAGAUUCUUGGAUGAAAUUUCAUGCAGAGAUGAAUGCAUUGCGUCACUUAUUGCCUCAGUCAUAAUAGCUUUACGCCCUCAAAGUCACGUACCAAAUCUUAAACUGUUAUUGGAGUUCUUUUUAAUGAACCUCCUCAGAGGUCACAUUCCAUCAGCUCAGGCAUUGGGGUCUUUGGUUAACAAACUGCCUUUAGAAACCGAUGAAAAAAACAUUAAUCUGGAAGAAGCUAUAGAUGCAUUGUUUAACGAAGAAAUCUGGGAUUCCUGCAAUUUUUACGAUGGAAAUAAGUGCUCUCUUAUGGACAAUGGUGGUUAUAUAAAUUUCAGUAGGCUAAGGUUAAAUGGCCAUUAUGUGUGUUGUACUGCUCAUGCUAUUGUUGGAUUAGCCUGGAUAGGGAAAGGUUUACUUAUGCGUGGUCAUCAAAUGAUAAAAGGCAUUACUAGUUCCUUCUUGAGUUGCAUACUAUUAAAUGGAAAUGGUGGGACCCUUCAAGACUCAGACGCUCUGGUGGAAGACAAUGAAGGGCUAGAAAGGCUGUCUUUGAGGAAAUCCGCCGCUGAUGCAUUUCAUGUUCUUAUGAGUGAUUCUGAAGCUUGUUUGAAUAGAAAAUAUCAUGCUACUAUUCGACCACUUCAUAAGCAACGAUUUUACAGUACGAUGUUGCCUAUAUUAUUAUCAUCAAUUUUGGAAUGUGAUUCACCAACUACACGAUCCUUACUGUACAGAGCUUUCUCACAUUUGAUCACUGGUGCUCCUCUCACCGCUGUUGUUAAUGAUUCCCGAAAGGUUGUCCCUGUGCUACUAGAUUGCCUAUUAAUGUUGCAAGAUGAUGAACAUGAUAAAGAUAUCAUCUUCAGUGUCUUAUUAGUCCUAUCUGGAGUAUUGAUGGAUAAAGUUGGACAAGAGGCUGUCAAUGAAAACGCUCAUCUUGUUGUCCACCAACUUGCUAAACUCGUUUCAUAUCCUCAUAUGAUGGUAGUCCGUGAAACAGCAAUUCAGUGUCUUAUGGCCUUGUCAGGUCUACCCCAAUCGAGAAUAUAUCCCUUCAGAAAAGAGGUUUUGCAAGCUAUAUCAAAAGCAGUUGAUGAUCCAAAGAGAGCUGUUCGGCAAGAAGCUGUCAGAUGUCGGCAUACAUGGUCAGCAGUCAUGGGUCGAUAGCUGCAUUGGAAAACUAUACUAGAGCUUAAAGCGUAUAUUAUACAUAUGAAUACCAUUAUACUAGAGCUUCUCUUUACAAGACUACAAGCAAGUAUGGUGUUAAAUUUUUUAUAAAUGUUUGAGUUUAUUGUUUCCAAUAGAUAGUUUGUAAUACCGUAACUAGUAUCGUGACCUCAUUUGCUUUAAUCUAUUUAUAGUUUAUGAUGUACACAGAUUCGUCCAUUCCUCGACUGAAUUUCUGUUUGUUUUUUGCACUCUUAUUUUUCAAAUGCAA